AUGUGCGGCACCGAAUCUUCUCGUCCAGUUCUCGGCGGCACAAUCGCUAUCCUGAAGUCAAUUGGCGAAUCGGCAUUACCAGAUGUAUCACUGCUGUUCCAUGAAGACGGAACCUCGACAACAACAGCAACAUUCCAAUCCUCUUCUGUGCCAGGGGCUACAGCAGAGACAGAGCUGAGCAGUUGUCAACUGGUAAUCUUCCGCGAUGGAGAUCUGAGAGCUUCGGCGCCGAUGACAUCGGUAUUACACGCUUUCCCAUUGUCGACGUUUACAACGCAGUCGUUCAGUUUACCUCGGAAGCUCGAUCUGGGGGUUGGCGGAGAAGGGAUCAUCGGGAGAAGAGUCGGGCUGGUCAGACACACGCAAGUGCUUAGACAAGGCAUCAUUGGAUGGAACUGA